CCGCAUAGAUGGAGAAAGACUUGGAUGAACUUACUCACAGCGAGAAUGCGAGUGUAAUUUCACACUCUUACACUGUAUCCGACCAUAUCAAGCAAGUGCUCAAAAAUGGAAUGGAAUUAAGGCCAAAAGAAAGCAUAUUCCCAGAACCAAAAAAUGAUAAAGUGGUCACUCCCUUAUUUCCCAGCAGCAAAGAAAGCAGCUUUAUGAGUCAAGAGUCUGUAAAUUUGGAAAAAGACAACAAUUUUGAGGUUAAUUUAGCUUUGAAUCAAGGACUUGUGCCAAAUUCGAGAGUUCUCCUUGACCAAGAAAAUGAACCACAGUGACCAUCUCACCAGACUGAGGAGGACAGAGAAGUAAAGGUAGUUGAGUCUCAUAAAGCCGAUCAGUGAAACCAGACAGAUUUUGAUGCUUUCAGAUCUCUUGCUAAGUUGAAUCUAAGUAAUUAUCAAACUGAUGGUGACAUAAAGAAGAUCUGUGAUCUCUCUGAUGAUGAAUCUCAGAAGCCCCAGCAUAUGCCCAAACAUCUGAAAGGCUCCUUUGGUGCAAAUACGAGCUUUAUUGACUCCAAGAAUGCUAUUUUAAGUGAGAAUUCGCAUCCAAAUAUGAAACUUCUUCAACAAAAUACCAAUUUAUUACUUGCAGAUUCCACUAAGGCUCAAUGAGAAAUGCCUAAAAAUGAUGAAAAUAAAUCUCCGAAAGAUGACACUUUGAUUAUUCCUGGUUUCUCAAGGCAAGACUAUAAAGAUCAAAUAUACUAUAAAGUCUGUAAUUUUGCUGAGCUUCCUUACAGAGAUAUCAGUGACCAGUCCAGGAUUAGGAUUGACAAAGAGCAACAAGAAUAUGCAGAUGAUGUUCUUGGCGCAGCCAAGAACCUCAUCUUCAAUGACUUGAGUCUUUCAAAUAUCACUAAUCGGGAAGGAGGCAUCUCUCUGCAGUCAGAGUUCAUGAAAUAUGACAUUAUUAGAUCAAGAGACAAUGCAAAAGUAAAUCUGAACCCAGAUUCACACAAUGUCUUGAUGAUUGAUGAAGGCUAUUCCUCACAGAAUUCUAGCCAAAACUCUGCGAUUUAUUCUCCAAUGAACCUCAGCAGGUAUCAACUACCUGCUGAUGCAACAGAGGAGGUGAAGAAUCCUGAAGUUCUGUAUCAGACUCAGAUUUUUCAGGAUAAUGAGGCUAUUCAAAUACCAAGAAAGGACCUAGAGAGGUCCUUUCUUGGUAUUGGGAGCCAGUAUUCUGAACUUAUGACGGUUAUACCUCGGAAUAACCAGGUGAUGGAAUCUUUUGAAGUGCCAAAAGAUCUUAACUGAUCAUCAAUGGUCACAGCAGGAAACUCUAAUGCCCUGUUUAAUUAUAAAGAAGGCGCUAUUAGAAACUCUUUGAAAAAUAUAGAUUCCGAUAAUAAUCUAGAGAGUUUGCAAAAGUAUCAAAAUAAUUCAAGAAGUAGGAUAGGAAGCUCUAAGGUUUCUCCUCAUAUGUUCACGCCAGCUAUCAAAGAAGAGAAGCAAAGGGAUAAACAUACCUUAGAUGAAGAAGCUUCUGAAAAUUUUGAUGAUGUUAACGAAGCUCUUGCUUAUAUGGAAAUGGAACUCCCCAAGCCAAAUAGACUUGACACUACUAGAUUUAUUGUAUCUCCGGCCCUUUUAAGCGAAGCUUCAUCUAAAAGCUCCUUCAGGCAACCUCGCCCAAGGAGAAUUCUGAAAAGUUAUAAUAAUAUUCAGAACAGUGAGAAGAAUGCUACCAUAACCCAUCCCUUAAUCUCGUCUAAACCAUCAGCUCCUGAGCUAUUAAAGAAUGCUAAAAGGAAGCGGAAGGGCACCAAAAAGCACACAAAACCCUCUGACAAACCUUUUAAGCUACAGAAUAAACCUAUGACCAAGGGAAGGUUAAUUAUUCCUAAACUAAGGUCUACUACACCUAGUCAGUUAUUCGUGGCUGGAUGCCUUCGGAAAGAUCUCUGCUCUAUUAAGAAUAAAGGAAGUUUCAUCCUUCAUAAUAAAAGCCAGAUACAGCCUACAGCUUGAAAAAGACAUUUUCAGAGCAGAUCCAAUCCUCGGUACUCAAAAAGUAUCCCAAAAGGGCUCAAAAGUUACAAAAUCGGUUUAAAAUCUUGAACUAGAAACGUUCCUUACGAGGAGUCCGACCCCUCUCAAGCUUGAGCAAGCAGGUCAAGAAAUACUAGCAAGGCUGCCAAAUACAAGAUUGUUCCAAAGCAGUAUAAAUCCCAAAGACUUCAGAGAAAUGCUUCUCCCAGCCUAAUAUUCAAGAAGAAAACUAACCAGAAAAAGAGGGGUCUUAAGGGCACAAAACUGGUGAAAAGCCAUAGUAGAGUAAAAGUUUACCAGAGGACUUCCAAAUUUUUGAAAAGAAGUACAUCCCAGAAAAGCAGACAAAUCUCCUCAAAUAAGAAGACUAGGUUCAAAGUAUUAUCUAAGAUCACUGAUAAGGCUAAGAAAGACCAAUUUCAGAAGGUUAAGAAAGAUAGGCCACAUUCUUCAGACCCUCUAAAAUCUCAGAAUAGGAAGAACCUCAAGUUUCCGUUCUCCAGAAAUUUCCAGAGGAGUCUUCCCAAGAGAAGGCAGGGCUUGAAAACUUCAACGAGCAAACAUCACAAGAGCAAUAAGACAUGUAUGACUUUUAAGAAUUUCCCCAAGAACACAAACUCUAGGUCAGAUGUUCUAAACUCGGACCUACUGAUAGUUAACCCUCGUUCCUCAGAACCAGGUAGCACAGCUGGGCAGCUUGGCCUGCCUGAGGAAGUCUCCAACCGAACCACAGGAAGAAGGUUGUAUAAUUAA